AUGCUCAUGCUGUCCCAGGUGCUGAUAGCAGUCUAUCUUGUCCUGCAUUCCCUGGAACAGCUCUGGUCACGCAAACCAUACCCUCCCGGACCUCUUCGUCUUCCUCUCGUUGGAGGCAUGUGGCGGUUCGGUUUCAAACUCUAUUACGACACUUUCAUUAAGCUGGCAAAGCAAUACGGAAACAUUUACGCAAUAUGGAUAGGGUAUAAACCUGCAGUAAUUCUAUCUGGAUUCCAAGCCGUGAAAGAAGGAUUAACCAACUACUCAGAAGAGUUCAUUGACCGACCAGUGACCCCUUUCCUUGAAGCUACAGGAAAAGGAAGAGGAAUUGUACUUUCAAAUGGCCACACCUGGAAGCAGCAGAGACGGUUUGGUGUAGGUACUAUGCGAAAGCUGGGACUGGGGAAGAAAGGUACGGAGGAUGAAAUAAUUGAAGAGGCCCUUGAGCUUGUGGAGAUCUUCGCACGUGCAAAGGGGCAGCCAGUGGACCCUAUGUUGCACAUCACCAAUUCUGUCUGCAAUGUGGUUUGUGCUGUGGCUUUUGGACACCGGUUUUCUGUUGAAGAUGAAGAAUUCCUGAAAUUGAUGAAAGCCGUUCAGAUUAGCUUAACGUUUGGAGGCAGCUUUUUUCAUGGUCUGUACGAAAUUAUCCCAUUCAUCAUGAAAUAUCUCCCGGGGCCUCACCAGACCACCUUUGCCGCUAUAGAGACGGUGCUUUUGUUUGCAAGGAAGGAGAUAGGAAGGCAUAAGGAGAAUCAGAACCUUCACGAUCCUCAGGAUUUCAUUGAUUUCUAUCUAUUACAGAUGGAGAAAAGCAAGGAUGACCCCACUUCUACCUAUAAUGAAGAUAACCUGGCUCAGUGUAUUCUUGACCUCUUUGUCGCAGGGACAGAGACGACGGCCACGACUCUGCAGUGGGCACUGCUCUUCCUAGUGGCGUAUCCAGAUAUCCAAGAAAAAGUCUUCAAGGAGAUGGAAGAUGUUUUUAGUACGUCCCGCACCAUCUGCUACCAAGAUCGGAAGAAGCUGCCCUACACCAAUGCUGUGAUCCAUGAGAUGCAGCGUGCACAAUAUAUCUUAUUAUUUGGGCUUCCCAGACAAAGUACAAAGGAUGUCACCAUGCAUGGCUUUCACAUUCCAAAGGGGUCCAUUAUUGUUCCAGAUCUACACUCUGUUCUUCUAGAUCCUAAGCAUUGGGAGACGCCUCAUGAGUUCAACCCAAACCACUUUUUGGACAAGGAUGGAAAUUUUGUGGAUAGAGAAGAAUUUCUGGCAUUUGGUGCAGGGGCUCGGGUGUGUCCGGGAGAGCAGUUGGCGAGGAUUGAACUCUUCAUCUUCUUGACCACCCUGGUGAGGGCGUUCAAGUUUCAGCUGCCCAAAGGAGUGAGAAGAAUCAAUAAAAAGCCUGUAGUAGGGCUGACAUUGCAUCCCCAGCCUUACAAGGUCUGCGCUAUUCCCCGCCAGAAUGAGUCGUGAACCAUAAAAACAAGAGCGGCCUAUUCAUUGCUUUAAACCUUUCCCUUGUUCAGUGGAUUUGACAUUCUACCCAGGCUUUCUUUCUUGGCCUCUCUCCUAGCGUUUACCCAGUCUACCAGAAUUUGAAGCAGAUCUGUGAUACAUGAUAAAUCAUCGUUUGCCAUUGCCUAACGAACAUAAUUCUUACUCAUUUGCUGUUUAUGCA